CUAUGGCGGAUGACAACUCAACAAUGCUUGAAAAAGCUGUUCAGAUACUUGUACCACAGCCGUGCUUUGAUAAAUACUUUGUAGAAUUUAAUUUCUUUGAUGGUGCUUGUGCCAAGGUUGUUAUCAGCAAGUGUCUUGGGUUUGGUAUCAUUUUAGGAUCAAUUCUUGUAAAACUGCCACAGAUUCUAAAGAUUGUAAAGGCCAAGAGUGGACAGGGAAUCAGUUUGUCAAGUAUCUUGUUUGAAUUAGUUGCUAUAUCAGCAAACUAUUCCUAUGGUUUUCAGAAAAGUUUUCCAUUCAGUGCCUAUGGUGAGGGUUUAUUUUUAGCCAUCCAGACUGUGUCAGUGGCAGCUUUAGUGAUAUUUUAUGGAGGGAAUCUGAUAGGAUCUAUUGGUUUUACAUUUGUGUACACCUUAAUCAUGGCUUAUUUAAUGUCACCAUUAGUACCUAUGGAUAUUCUAGCUUUAUUCCAGAGUGUUAAUAUAUUUAUACUCUGUUUAAGUAAGCUUCUUCAGAUUGUAGCUAAUUAUAGAAAUGGUAGUACUGGUCAGUUGUCAGCCAUAACAGUGUUCUUGUUGUUCUCAGGAGCCAUCACUAGAAUAUUCACAUCAAUACAGGAAACAGGAGACAACCUCGUCAUUAUGACAUAUGUUAUGUCUAGUUUAUUUAAUGGUAUAAUUACUUCUCAAGUCCUAUACUACUGGAAUAGUAAGAAGAAAACUGAUUAGAAACAUUUUGUCUUUUAUGCAAUACAAUUUUGGGCACAUAUUUACCAUUUAUUGUAAACGGAAAUAUAUCACUGUUAUUUUACACUAUUUAUAGACAUAAGGGACAUAUGUCAUUGUUAUAAUGUAAGUCCACUGUGUUUAAGAAGUAACACAAUAAAACUAAUGCAAUGUUGACAUAUGUUUUAACAUGAAGAGAAAACAACAAACUUAAUAUUAAUGUAUACAAUUCUAAGUUCAAAAAUAAGCCUUGUUGGACAUGUUGGUGUUAUUUUUGAAAUAUAUUUUGAUUAUUGUUUAUUAUUGAUUGAUUGAUUAUUGUUUAUUAUUGAUUGAUUGAUUAUUGUUUAUUAUUGAUUGAUUGGUUAUAUGUUUAUGCAUUUAUUAGUGUUAAGUUUAAUCACAUACAUAAAACAUAACACCCUCUGCCUGUUCAAAAGAAUUAAUAAAUUCAGUUAGGUUGGAAUCAAUUAUUUUGUAUUGUGUACAAACAAUGCCAGUUCUCAUUAACAAUAAUGUGUACAUCACUCACUGUAUGACUUCAAUGUCUCCUAACCAAACAUUUGAUAAACAUAAUUGCACUCUUUUUGCAAUUGAUACUUGUUGUGGUAUUCUUAAAUAUGUCUGUUUCACACUUUAGAAGUUAGUAUAGUCUGAACUUUUGAUCCAGUAGGAUUUUCAUAUGAAAAAGAUAUUAAAAUGUUUGAAAAUAACAUGUAAUUAGCCUAUAUGAGGGUAUAGUUUAUACAACAAAUUUGCAGAUUUUACAUUGAACAUUUCUAAUACAUUGCAAGAAAUCAUGUGUCAGAUAUAUUUAAUGAAUCUUUGAUUUAGAACAUUGGAAACACAUAUAAAUUGAAGAAUAUUAUUUUUCUCAGCCUGAUUUUCAGUUGAUAUUUUUUGUCAGGAAAGCAGAUUCAAUGUUGGCCGGACAUUUAUUCAACCAUAAGUUUUUUCAUUAUAUAUUAUGUCAGUGAAAUGUAGACUUGUUAGACAAACAAAAUUAUCAGACUUGACUUUAUUACUGCUGAUGAAUUAUGGUGACAUGUUAUAAAGUGUUAUUUUUUCAAAUAAAAAAAAUGAUAGGAUA